AUGGAAGAAAGAAAACGAAUAUCAGCAACGCAGCUGCACCUCAUGGAGGAGGUCGAGCAGCUGCGUCACCUGGUCAAGGGAGGAUCGACAGACGACAAAACAAACUCGCUGCUGCUGACCAGGGAGGAGCAACUAGAAGCGUACCGCGAGAAUGAAAGAGAGAGGCCGGAGGUUUUCGCGGGAUGCACGACGGAGCUGCAAGGGGAGAUCCCCUCCCCCUACCUGUCGACCAAAGUGAAGAUGCGGAAGGAACGUACCUUGAUAGAAGAGGUGCGAUUCAGGGGUGAGCGAUGUAGGGGAUCACAGGCAGUAUUCAAAGCGGCAUCAGCUCACUUUGAGGAGGCGUUCAAGGAGGUCCAGGUGGGGCCACAUUCGGCGGAUGCUGAUUUCGUGGUGGACCGGGUGCUGCCGUCAGAGGCGGCGGCCAAGCUCGGUGCCCCGUGGACGGAACCCGAAGUCAAGGCGGCGUUGAUCGGACUGCCAAAGGGGAAGUCACCAGGUCAGGACGGCCUGCCGGCGGAACUUUUUGUGUCUCACUGGGACCUGCUGGGGGAGUGCUUCAUGGAAUUUGUCAGAGGUUUUGAGCGAACGGGGGUGCUGCCAAAAUCACUGACAACGGCACUAACAAAACUGUUGCACAAAAAAGGAGAGAAGGACCUAUUGACAAAUUACAGGCCGAUCACGCUCCUCACGACGGUGUACAAGGUCCUGGCCAAGGUCCUAGUGAACAAGCUCAAGAAGGAGCUUCAUCAAGUAAUCUCGAAGGAGCAACAUGGUUUCAUACCGGGGCGCAGCCUGGCGGAUGCGAUCGUGGUAGUGGCUGACGUGAUCAAGGCGGCGUACAACGACGGGGAGGAUUGGUACCUCCUGCUGGUGGAUUUUCAGAAGGCCUACGACACGGUGUCGCGGCCCUUCCUUUUCAGAACGCUGGAGAAGCUCGGGCUGCCGGGGAACUUUGUCAGGUGGACGGAAGGCCGGCACAAGGGGGCCGGGACGAGAAUGGCGAUUAAUGGCUGGUUAGGUGAACGGAUGGAGAUGCAGAGAGGAGUAAGGCAAGGUUGCCCGCUCGCGCCUUACCUCUUCCUGUGCGCCCUGGAGCCGCUUUGCGCCGAAAUAAGGGGGCGCGAUUUGGGGGUCAGAGCAGACGGCGGAGACGCGGUGUCAUACGUGGGGUACGCGGACGAAACUUCCUCUGAUCCUCCGGGGAGAAGCGCAACUGCACUCAACGGCAGCAGCCCUCGACUGGCGCGAAUCUAUCUACCGCCGGAGGAGUUAUGGGCAAAGAUUUGCAAGACCUGUGACAACUACGUCUCAAAAGGGGAGGCGACGGCAGAUAAGACUUUCGUCCUCUGGAGCGGAGAACUGGCAAGACUCCCCAAGAAAGAGGGAGGGCUGGGACUAAUCGACUCGAAGGACCGGUUAGACAGCAUGGCGAUCCGGCAGGUCGGGAUGUUUCUGACGGAGCAGGACACAAUAAAGCGGUGGUUGUCGGAGAAGGCGGCAGCUCUGUGA